GGCACAUAAACAGAGAGAGGAAGGAAGGAACCAGUUCUGUUCAGGAUUUUACUGAUGACAGCUUCUGGAGCCGCCUUCCAUGUGAAAUCAACAAGGAAGCUUAAAUGACAGUCGUAAAACAUCGCUUAAACUUAACGGGACUCAAUUAAUUAAUGUCUGGGUGACAGCACACGUGGCUAUGGGUCUCUGCAAGUGUCCGAAAAGAAAGGUGACCAAUUUGUUCUGCUUCGAGCACCGCGUCAACGUGUGCGAGCACUGCCUCGUCUCCAACCACAACAAGUGCAUCGUGCAGUCAUAUCUGCAGUGGCUGCAGGACAGCGAUUACAACCCCAACUGUGCUCUGUGUAACAGCCCACUGAAUGCACAAGACACGGUCAGACUCAUCUGUUAUGAUGUGUUUCACUGGGCAUGCCUUAAUAACUUGGCAUCUCGGCUGCCUCUCCACACGGCCCCAGCAGGAUACCAGUGUCCCACCUGUCAGGGCCCAGUGUUCCCCCCUUCCAACCUAGCCAGCCCAGUUGCUGAUGUACUGAAAGAACAGCUGUCAUCUGUUAACUGGGCUAGAGCGGGUUUAGGGCUGCCUCUGAUUGAAGAGCCUGUUGGGGUCCUUGAGGAGACUGCAACCAAUGACAUCACAGAUUAUACAGACUGGUCGACAUUUGAUGCACAACAGCAAAGCAACAUAUACCCCAGUCACUCUUACAACCCAAGCCUCAGUCCACCACAGAGUUCUGUCUCAUCUCCAGCACAAGAAGACCGCGGAGGUCCUCAUAAAAGCGGGGAUCCAAAUACACAGGAUCACUCCGUGAUCAACUUCACUACUGCCACUGACACUAUUACAAUAAACACAGCAUCAUCGCCUAGAAAGAUCUACGACACACGAGAAGGAGCUCACAGCUCUGUCACGCAGAUCGACUUUGAUGACGACAAGUACCGGCGACGUCCGACGCUCAGUUGGUUCGCUCAGAUUCUCAAGAACCGCACAGGGAAAAAACGGACGUCUCUGUCCUGGAAGCAGCGUGUCUUCAUGCUGCUUUUGGUCGGCGUCCUGGGAUUCUUCACGUUGAUAAUUAUCAUGGCUAAACUUGGACGUGCCGCAGCUGGCUCAGACCCGAACCUAGACCCACUUCUUAACCCCAACAUCCGUGUGGGGAAAAACUGAUAACAAGCAACGACAUCUUCUUUUUCUUGCGUGUUCCACAACAUAAGGCGUUGUAGAGUCAGCUGAAAUGAGACUUUCAGAUACACGGCUAGCCCAGCAGAGGGAGCCAACUUGAAGAGGCUGCACGUCCUUAGAGUUGAGGUAAACCCUGGUUCUGUUAUUUUAUACCAGACGAUAAGAACGUGCCAGGGCUUCACGGACUAUCAAAAUUAAAUCUUUGAGGAAUUUCCUGUGAUACAAACAAAAGCAACACACAUACUCUUAAAGUGACCAAGGCUCUGUGUGACUGAAGUAUCCAGUAAUUGUUACUUUGAUGAAGAGGGGCAGUAUAUUCAUUCAGCUAACAUCUCUCAGUAAAUUGACUUUUCUUUUCUCACUUGAAGCUAAAUAAACACAGUAGAUGUUGAGGGUACAAGUUGUGCUGGCAGAAAUGUCAGAAUGUAUAUAUUCAGAAUCUUAAGGUUGACACAGUCAUGAACUCUUUCUGGUUGCUGGUUUGAUUUGAGCAUUUCUUCAAAGAAGAUGUGGCCCUCAGAACUGGAAUCAGAUGUACCCCACGCAUAAUACACAACUAUUUAUGGGUGUUUGCAUUACUUCUGAAAACUGAGUGCUUUGCUUUUAGAUUUACCGUACAUACUGUAUGUUCAUUUUCCUGAUGUUUUGGACUGUCCAUUAAAUGGGAUUACUACAGAAAGGCUGUAUUAUAUUUUAUCUUGACCGUUUUCUUCUGCUGUGCACAGCCAAAUUCAUGAAUGAAUAAUUUCUUAAAUAUCA